AUGAAGAAGAUUGUAAUUUUUGGUUCUACUGGCGUGACCGGCCUUUGCGCAGUUGAAGCAGCUGUUAAGAAAGAUCUACAAGUGCGUGCAUUCCUGCGAGACCCAGCCAAGCUCUCCGAUCACCUCAAGGACAAGGUGGAGGUUUUCAAAGGCGAUGUCCUCGAGCCCGACUCCGUCGCCAACGCGGUAGAGGGCAACGACGGCGUCGUUGUCACCCUGGGCACCCGUAAUUGCUUGGAUCCGACCUCCGAUCUAUCCGAAGGUCUUAAAAACAUACUAGAGGCAAUGCGGGCCAAGAACGUUAAGAAUAUAACCGUAUGCAUGUCCGCUUUUCUAUUUUACGAACCGGACAAAGUGCCUGAAAAGUUCGUCCCGUUGAACGACGACCAUAAGAGGAUGUAUGAAGCACUGAAGGAGAGUGGCCUGAAUUGGGUCGCCGUAUUCCCACCUCAUAUUUCAGAGGACCCAAGCCGUGAAAUCAUCGUUGAGAUUAACCCACAGAAGUCGCCCGGCAGAGCCAUCUCCAAGUGGGACCUCGGCGCGUUUAUGGUUGACGCUCUUUUCGAGUCUAAAUACUACAAGUCUGUCAUUGGGUUGUGUAAUGUACCUAAGCAAUAG